UUAAUUAAUGAGCAUGAAUGUGUAUGUACUCUAAUUAUGUGAAUUUAACUCAACUGGACUUAAUUUUUGUUGAUUUGCAGAUGCAUAUGUGGGGUAAUGGAUCAGAAUUUAGGAAAGGACCAGAUUCACUGAAAGGAACACAACCAGCAGCAAUGUUAAGGUUGCCAUGUUACUGCUGCGCGCAGGGUUGCAAGAACAACAUCAACCAUCCAAGGGCGAAGCCUUUGAAGGACUUCAGAACCCUCCAAACGCACUACAAAAGGAAGCACGGCACAAAGCCUUUUAUGUGCAGAAAAUGUGGGAAAACAUUUGCAGUGAAAGGUGAUUGGAGGACUCACGAGAAGAACUGUGGCAAGUUAUGGUACUGCACUUGUGGCUCAGAUUUCAAGCACAAAAGAUCACUUAAGGAUCAUAUUAGGUCCUUUGGAAAGGGACACAACCCUCAUCCUCCCUUUGAAGCUUUUGAGGAUGAGAAGGAAUGCAUCACUGGCUCUGAUGAAGAUGAGCUCAAUGCUCAUCAUCAUGCAUGAUCUGAUUAACAUUCUACAGCUUUUCCUCAUUACCAAACAAAAAAGUUGCAGACAAAUGUGGUGGAUGCAGCUAUGGUUUUAGAACCUUGAGUAGUGGUAAUUAUAGUAGAGAGAGCUUGGUCAGUACCCUUGUGCUCAGUAACAAAAAAUUCUCAACAAUGCUGAGACAUGAAGGCUCAGGGAAAGGUUUGCUACCGAGCACUUGCAGGGUGGUGAUGAGCUAUCAGUAGAGGUUUGAACUGAAUUUGCAUGCUUUUGGUUAGCUAAUAAGAUGGUGCCUCAAGUGAUGAAGUAGAUGAAUUUUCUUGGCAUAGUCACAGAGACAAAGUGUUAUGUCAUGUUUACUUUUCUGUAAAAUAUGGAGGAAAUUUAUCCGCUUCAUUACUCAAUGGUAACCCUCAUUCUAGGACUUUAUAAUACCAUGUAAAGUCUUGUUUAAAUAUUUCUUAUGAAUUUGCUGUUAUAUUUCGAUAACCACUGUGUUGCAUAAUUUUCUUAGUCUUCUGUAUGAUGUUUUACUGCA